CAUGCUUGGUCGCAGCACUCCUGAGAGUAACUAUAUAAGAGUUCUUCGCGCUGCAGCUGACUCAGUUAUCCUGUAAACAAUCGUAACGGCGCAUGACAGAGAAGCUUAGAGACAGGCAGCGGGACACCAUGACGAUAAACACACUACCCAACGGGACCACUGUGACAGAACUGGGUCAGUUUCUAAAAAACCCACCGGAGGGUUUCACCGUGAAGGCCGUGGGCUCGGCUUACCAGGUCCAGUGUGGAGAAGAGAACCUGGUUUUCAUCGAUAAGUUUCACUCCGGGGAUUUUGAUGUAGUUUUCCAGAACUCACUAGGAAGGAAGCUUAAAAUGCACAAUUUGUGGGAGUAUACCAGCAUGAGGAAAAGUCUACUGUCCAAGAGGAUCUAUGUGUUGGUUUCUCUCUGCGAUCAAAGCAUGCAAGAAACCAGCAAGAAGGGGCCCAUAAAGCCCAGAGCUCUGCAGGAGUACGUGUUGUCCGUCAAUGGUGGGAAUCCGAUGAUGAAGUGGCAGAUGGAGAAAGGCCUGGACUGGACCAUCUCCUCCGUGGGGGGAGAGAGCUACAGGGUGGAGAUUGACUUGAGUGAAAUCUUGCAGAGUUUGGCUGCUGAAGGCCUCAUUGCUGAGAACCUGAUGAAAUAUAAUCCGACAUGGAAGGAUGCCUCCUUCACCCUUAAGUACUACUCUGAUGCCCUAUUUGACUUCCCUCACUGGUUGGGCCGCAGCAAAAGAUCAUUUCAGCUGAGGCUGAUGAGAAACAGAUGAGGGAGACCAUAAGGAUUGUAUCUGCUAAGUUUCCCAGCAUCGGUUGCUGCACAUUUUUAAGAAAACUGAAGAGGAGUGUUCUCAUCAGUGAAGGAGAAGCCUAUCAGUCGAACUCUGCUGCUUUGUCAGGAGUUUGGUAUUUGAACUACUGGCUUGGAAUUCAUCUGCUGUUCAGUGGGUGGAAAAGCACCAGAAAAGAAAAUGUGGGAUGCCUUUGAGAUUAUAGUCAUAUUAUACAUGUAAAUAAUAA